AUGGCUAUUAAAUAUUACGAGCAAGCCUUGGAAAUUGCAAGGGAACGAGAAGAUCAAGAUCAGAAGACAACGGCAUACCUUAGGCUAGCAGUUGUUUAUAGAUUGAACAAUCAGUCUCAAACGGCAAUUAAAUACUAUGAGCAAGCCUUGGAAAUUGCAAAAGAAAGGGAAGAUCAAGAUCAGGAGACAAAGGCAUACCUUGCGUUAGGAGAUGCUUAUGGGUUGUACAAUCAGUUUCAAACGGCAAUUAAAUACUAUGAGCAAGCCUUGGAAAUUACAAAAGAACAAAAAGAUCAGGAUCAACAGACAAAGGCAUGCCUUAACUUAGCAAAAGCUUAUAGCUUGAACAAUCAGUUUCAAAUGGCAAUUAAAUACUAUGAGCAAGCCUUGGAAAUUGUGAAAGAACGAAGAGAUGAAGAUCAGGAGACAACAGGAUACCUUGAGUUAGGAGUUGUUUAUAGAUUGAUCAAUCAAUUUCAAACGACAAUUAAAUACUUUGAGCAAGCCUUGGAAAUUGCAAAAGGACGAAAAGAUCAAGAUCAGGAGACGAAAGCAUACCUUGGCUUAGGAGUUGUUUAUGGAUUGAACAAUCAGUUUCAAACGGCAAUUAAAUAUUACGAGCAAGCCUUGGAAAUUGCAAAGGAACGAGAGGAUCAAGAUCAGGAGACAAGGGCAUACCUUGGGCUAGGAGUUGUUUAUAGAUUGAACAAUCAGUCUCAAACGGCAAUUAAAUACUAUGAGCAGGCCUUGAAAAUUGCAAAAGAACGAAAAGAUCAAGAUCAGGAGACAACGGCGUACCUUGGGUUAGAAGAAGCUUGUGGAUUGAACAAUCAGUUUCAAACGGCAAUUAAAAACUUUGAGCGAGCCUUGGAAAUUGCAAAAGAACAAAAAGGACAAGAUCGGGAGACAAAGGCAUACCUUGGGUUAGGAGUUAUUUAUGGGUUGAAAAAUCAGUUUCAAACGGCAAUUAAAUACUAUGAGCAAGCCUUGGAAAUUGCAAAAGAACAAAAAGAUCAAGAUCAGGAGACAACGGCAUACCUUGGGUUAGGAGAAGCUUGUGGAUUGAACAAUCAGUUUCAAAUGGCAAUUAAAUACUUUGAGCAAGCCUUGGAAAUUGCGAAAGAACAAAAAGAUCAAGAUAAGAAGACAACUUCAACGGCAUACCUUGGGUUGGGAGAUGCUUAUAGAUCAAACAAUCAGUUUCAAACGGCAAUUAAAUACUAUGAGCAAGCCUUGGAAAUUACAAAAGAAAUAAAAGAUCAGGAUCAAGAGACAAAGGCAUGCCUUAACUUAGCCAAAGCUUAUACCUUGAACAAUCAGUUUCAAACAGCAAUUAAAUACUAUGAGCAAGCCUUGGAAAUUGCAAAAGAAAGAAAAGAUCAAGAUCAGGAGACAACAGCAUACCUUGAGUUAGGAGUU